AAAAAAAAAACAGGGCUUGUUAUGGAGUUCGUGUGAACGAGACACGGAUUUCCACCCUUCUCUACCAGUUAAACCAGUAUCUCUGGAUAGAGCACACUCAAGUACUUCAACAGUUUUUACCCUUGUGGUCCCUGAUGGCUUCGCACAGUGAUACUCUGGUGGUGUUCUUUGGGGCAACAGCUGGUGCAAAUGGGGGUAAACUGGGUUCGGAUGAGAGGGAAAUAAUUCUCUUGGUGUGGCAAAUUGUGGAUCUACAUGAGAAAAAGGUUGGGAAGCUUCAGAGAUGUCUUGUCAAGCCAGACACUUUGGAGCUGACAGACCAGUGUAAAGAGGAGACAGGACUGACUCUGGACGACGUGGUCAAAGCUGAGCCCCUGGAUAAAGUUCUGCAGCAGUUCCAACAGUCAGUGUCAUCAGAACUGAAAUGCCUCGGCAGGAGCACUUACACACUUUGUGUCAACAGUCCCCUUGUCAUCCGACAGGCCCUCCACCCCGAAGCUUCCAAAAAGAAUCUUGUCCUUCCUGAAUGUUUCUUUUCAUUUGUGGACAUCAGGAAGGAGUUUCACAAAUGCUGCCCCAAUGCCGGCCCUGUGCAGAAGCUCGAACUCCCCUCCAUGUUGGAAUAUGUUGGUCUUCCUGCUGUGUCAGAGCAGUUGAUGGGGGUGAGGGAGGUGAGCAGUAUGGUGCAGCUGACACUCUGCAUCCUGGCAGAGCCCUACAAUCACAAGUUCUCCUCUGUUGAAACAGUGAAGUACAAGUUUGAUUCCGGCACAUGUAGUAAGACAGAGCCGGUGGACAGUGAGACAGUGAUCAGAGCACGGGGGCUUCCAUGGCAGUCCUCAGACCAAGACAUUGCUCGCUUCUUUAAAGGCCUCAGUAUUGCCAAGGGUGGCGUGGCGCUGUGUCUUAACGCUCAGGGCAGGAGAAAUGGCGAGGCCUUAGUUCGUUUCAUCAACUCAGAACACAGGGACCUGGCCCUGGAGCGCCACAAGCACCACAUGGGCAGCCGCUACAUCGAGGUCUACAAGGCCACAGGAGAGGAAUUCCUCAAGAUUGCUGGAGGUACAUCUAACGAGGUGGCCCAGUUCCUGUCCAAAGAGAACCAGGUGAUUAUCCGUAUGCGGGGGUUGCCGUUCACUGCCACACCCCAGGAAGUGCUGUCCUUCCUUGGUCCUGAGAGCCCAGUUACAGAUAGUGCUGAGGGCCUUCUCUUUGUCAAGUACCCUGAUGGACGACCCACUGGCGAUGCCUUUGUGCUCUUUUCUUGCGAAGAGUACGCCCAGAAUGCCCUGAAGAAGCACAAGCAGAUCUUGGGGAAGCGGUAUAUCGAGCUGUUUCGGAGUACUGCGGCUGAGGUGCAACAGGUCCUGAACCGCUAUAUGUCCACGCCUCUGAUCUCCACGCUGCCCCCUUCACCUAUCGUGCCUGUUCCGGUCCUUGCCACGCCUCCCUUCCUUCCAGCAGCCAGCAGCACUCGCGACUGUGUCCGCCUCCGUGGCCUGCCCUACACUGCCGGCAUUGAAGAUAUCCUCGAGUUCAUGGGAGAGCACACCGUUGACAUCAAACCCCAUGGAGUCCACAUGGUCCUCAACCAACAGGGUCGGCCCUCCGGUGAUGCCUUCAUCCAAAUGAAAUCAUCUGACAAGGCAUUUAUGGUGGCCCAGAAGUGCCAUAAAAAGACCAUGAAGGACCGUUAUGUGGAGGUGUUCCAGUGCUCCACCGAGGAGAUGAGCAUCGUGCUGAUGGGAGGAACCCUGAACCGCAGCGGCCUCUCCCCUCCACCCUGCAAGCUACCCUGUCUGUCUCCCCCCACAGCCUACGCUGCCUUCCCCACCCCGCCUGCCAUUCUCUCUGAGGCUGCUCUCUACCAGCCCCCCCUGCUGGCUGCUCCCAGACCUCCCCAGACCACCACACACAGCCCCGCUCACACUCUGGCUUACUACCCCCCUCACCCACACCUGUACAUGAAUAUGAACAUGAACUACACAGCUUACUACCCCAGCCCCCCAGUUUCUCCUUCCACAGUUAGCUACUUUGCAGCCCCACCGGGAGCAGUGGCAGCAGCAGUGGCAGGCCAGCCUCACCCUGCCGCAGCCGCCUCUCCUGUCCUGCCUCAACAUGGCGCCCUGGUCAGGAUGCAGGGCCUUCCAUACAACACUGGAGUCAAGGACAUUCUUAGCUUCUUCCAGGGAUACCAGUACGCCCCUGACGAGUACAGCAACAUGGUUCAGAUGAGCGAACAGGCCAGGAGUCUGAUUCAGCCCAAAGAAUGGCUCUGUCUUUAGGGACUCACCCCAAGCUCCAGCCAGACGCCGUUCUCAUUUUGUACAACUUCAGUGGCCAGUGCAGCGGCGAGGCCUUGAUCACCUUCCCUAGCGAGGAGAUCGCCAGGCAGGCCGUAGCCGAGCGCUCCAACCACCCCUUCUACGGCCAGCAGGUCCACUUGAUCUUCUGUAACUGACCACUAGCCCCUCCUCUCCUUCAGUUUAAUGACCCAUUGAAGAGCCCCUGCCCCCAAAAUACAUCCUCCAGCAACAUAUUUUCAUAAAACUGAAACAAGUUGAUCCCAGUGCCACUUAAAACCACUAUUGAACCCCUCCCUUUUCUGUGAUGUGCCAUUUGUUGAUCCACAACUGACACUGCUGGCCCCUGACACUCCUGAAGCCGCUGCUGGAGUUCAGACAUCCACUGGAGUAGCAGCUGAAGUUAUUAAAGCUUCACGUGGAUGACUCUGUGGAUGUCACAUGCUGCGUUUCUGUGUAUUUGCACCUACCGUAAUAGCUGGUUGAGCAGAUGAGACGGUGUGGAGCCUGGACACCCCUAUAUCAGUGGCUCUGCAAAGCCAAAUAUGCAUGUAUAUUUAAAUUCUCCAUAUUUGCCCCCCCCCACCCCCACCCCGUAAAACUGUACAGAUGUUCAUCCUGAAAUGCUUGAGGCUGUACAAACCACUUCUGCCUACGACCUUUUCUGUAUAUUGUUAAGUUUUCACGCUUAACCACUACAAGAUUUAGAUUUUGCGUUCUCAGAUCCUUUGUGUUCUGCAGCUCUAUGCAAACACAGAUGUGUGUAUGUGCAUGCACAAUGUUUAUUGAUCCGAUGGCCUCCAGUAGGGCAGUGCUGACAUUUGAAAGAGAGACGACAAAGCCAUAGAGACCUGGGCUACGGAAACAACAGAGAAUAUGAAACUGUACUCGACUCAACUUGACUGUCACUGUCAUUAAUUUGAACCGAACCGUGAGCUACAGCAAUGCCACAGAUGUGCCAACGUACUAAUUCAUUUGUAACUUUAAUAUUUUUCUGUGAAGAGCAUUUAUGUGUGACAUACAGUAUGUCGGCCCAUUUAAACAUUUUUCAAGCACUACAGAUUUAUUUGCUCCAAUCAAAGAGUUGUCUUUAACAGAGUAGAAUGACAAAUUGAUUCUAUUUUUAUUAGUCUCAUUUCCUUACCAAAGUGGAGAUUUUGUUAUUAAAUGUAAAAAGGUAGAGGUGUAUCCUGAAGCCUUUGUAAUGAUUGACCUCAGCUACUAGAUCUCUUCUGUUUUGGUUUCCAGACUAUUUCUAAUGAUCAGUCUGUAGCAUGCUUUAAUGACCGGAGUACUGUGUAAAAGCUGCAUGAGUUUUUCCUCUGACAGGCCUGCUGACAGCUGUCUUAGGUUUUUCCUCUUCACUGUGCCUACAUUACCCAGAGUGCAAUACUGGCCAAAACAAGGCUAGGGCAACCUCUGGUGGCAGAGGAGAUGUUUGUUUCUUUUGUUGCAAGUUUGAGACUUGUAUGAAUUUAGAUCUGUGUAUAAGACCGUAAACAAUAAUAAAAAAUGUUGACAACGA